CCCAGAGACUGACAGAUCAAGCUAGGUAGGGAUACAGACUCCAGGCACAUGCGUACUCCUUGCAUGCAUACACAGAUACAAGCCCAUGCUGAUCUCACAGACUAAAAUUUGAGUUAGUAUUACAGAUAGCGAGUGAACACAGUGGCAGUCCUGAUCAGAAAGAACCUUCAACUUCAACAGAAGGCACUAAAGGCAGAAGUCUUCAACCACUUUUUAAAAUAAUCCAUCAGGAAAAGCAUCACAGCCAUGAAUGGGCCGGUGGAUGGUUUAUGUGACCACACGCUGGAUGAUGAAGGAGCUUUCAUGUUCACAUCAGAGUCAGUAGGAGAAGGACAUCCAGAUAAAAUCUGUGAUCAAAUCAGUGAUGCUGUACUGGAUGCCCAUCUCAAACAGGAUCCAAAUGCCAAAGUUGCCUGUGAAACAGUAUGUAAAACAGGAAUGGUGUUGCUCUGCGGGGAGAUCACAUCUCAUGCUAUUGUGGAUUAUCAGCGAGUUGUCCGAGAUGCAAUUAGACACAUUGGCUAUGAUGAUUCAGCUAAAGGUUUUGACUACAAGACUUGCAACGUUUUAGUGGCACUGGAACAGCAGUCACCUGAUAUUGCCCAGGGAGUUCAUUUACACAGGAACGAAGAGGAUGUUGGUGCUGGAGAUCAGGGUUUAAUGUUUGGUUAUGCAACGGAUGAAACAGAGGAAUGUAUGCCUCUAACAAUUAUUCUUGCUCAUAAACUGAACGCCAGGUUAGCAGAGCUCAGGCGCAGUGGGGAGCUUCCUUGGCUGAGGCCCGACUCUAAGACACAGGUCACCGUUCAGUAUGUUCAGGAGAAUGGAGCAGUCAUACCAGUGCGUGUUCAUACCAUUGUGAUCUCAGUACAGCACGAUGAAACCAUUUCGCUGGAGAAUAUGCGCAAAACCCUGAAGGACCGUGUGAUUAAAGCUGUUGUCCCUGCAAAAUACCUGGAUGAAAGAACUAUUUAUCACCUUCAGCCUAGCGGACGUUUUGUUAUUGGAGGGCCCCAGGGUGAUGCUGGUGUUACUGGUCGAAAGAUCAUUGUGGAUACAUAUGGUGGUUGGGGUGCACAUGGAGGUGGUGCCUUCUCUGGCAAAGACUACACAAAGGUGGACCGAUCAGCUGCCUACGCAGCCCGUUGGGUGGCCAAGUCUCUUGUGAAAGCUGGUCUAUGUCGUCGUGUUCUGGUGCAGGUUUCCUAUGCCAUUGGAGUAGCUCACCCACUCUCAAUUUCACUGUUCACCUAUGGGACCUCCCAAAAAACAGAGAAAGAACUACUGGACAUUGUGCACAAAAACUUUGACCUCCGGCCUGGAGUCAUUGUCAGGGAUUUGGAUCUAAAAAAGCCCAUUUACCAGAAGACUGCAUGUUACGGUCACUUUGGAAGAAAUGAGUUCACAUGGGAGGUGCCAAAAAAGCUUGUCUUUUGACCCUUGUCAUCUGUCUUUAAAAACAGAAAGGAAGAGAGGUUCACUAAGAUGAGAAUGCUUCCAGAAAUCGUAUUUGAAAGCUUUGUAUUCAACCAAAGGAAUUUUAGAUUUUAAAUGGAAAGAAAGAAAAGGAUAUUUUCUUGGAGAUUGAUUUGUGGGUUUUUUUGUUUUGUUGUUUUUUUUUUUGUUUGUUUGUUUGUUUGGUUUUUUUUAGCCCUUAGUAUCCUUUUUUAUCUAGAAGACAGAAUCUUGUUUUUAAUCAACAUAAGACAACAAAACACAGUUUACUUUUUAUUGCUGCUCCAUUGGUUCCUUUGAUAAAGGUCAAAUAUGACUCAGGUACUCAAACCAAUGGCUGAACCUCAAACCUUUCAUGGGCAUGGAUGAUUUUCCCAACUGACUAUGGAUCAGCAGAUCUCUUGCCUCUAAUUAGAUGAUGGGAAAUUCUGGGGUCCAAUUUCCUUACUGGAGUUAGCAUUGCAUACAGCUGGGGGAUGCUCUGAUGGGAGAAGGCUGGAUAUCGCAUAACUGUAUCUUGGCCUCUUUUGUGGAAGAUGUUACCUGACACAUAAUACUUCUUUACCAAGUAUGUGCUGUUACUGUUGUGUUUCAAUUACCUGUGUUUUUGAAACAUGUUCUCCUAUAAAACAAUCAUACAAUAAAAAGCUUUUUCCUACCUUGCA